GGUUCUCUCUCUUUCUUAGAGCAAUCUUGUUUAAUAUACCCAUUUUGCUACUAUGUCAAAUUUGUUCACUUAUUGUGUCUUCUUUUUUGCCAUACUUUUGAACUCUCCUGCACUCUCAGUGCCUUUGAAGCUUGGUUUCUAUCAGAAAUCAUGCCCAUCAGCUGAGGCCAUAGUGAAGAGUGCUGUAACAAAAGCACUUGUCAAUGAUUCUGGCAUAGCUGCUGCCCUCAUUAGGCUCCAUUUCCAUGACUGUUUUGUAAGGGGAUGUGAUGCUUCUAUUUUGCUUGAUUCCAAACCGGGGAAUAAGGCAGAGAAAGAAAGCAUGGGAAACAAAGGAGUACAAGGAUUUGAGGUGAUAGACGAAGCUAAAGCCAAGAUAGAAGCUCAAUGCCCACAAACAGUUUCAUGUGCCGACAUAAUUGCCUUUGCAGCUCGAGAUAGUGUAUUCAGUGCUGGUGGUAUCCACUAUGAUGUCCCUGGAGGGCGUUUUGAUGGAAGGGUCUCAUUGAUAGAUGAAGUAAACAAAAAUCUUCCUGAUGCAUUUUUCAAUGUGACACAAUUGGAAAACAACUUUGCCCAAAAAGGGCUGUCACUUGAGGAAAUGGUCACACUCUCUGGGGCUCACUCUAUUGGUGACUCACAUUGCUCUCUUUUCUCAAAACGUUUAUAUUCAUUCAAUGCAAAAUAUGCACAAGAUCCCUCCAUGAAUCCUGCUUAUGCUAAUUUCUUAAAAUCUCAAUGCCCCAAACCCUCAAAAAACACCAUGCUUGAUCCUGUAGUGCCUUUUGAUCCCUCGACACCAACCCGGCUUGAUAACAACUACUAUAAGAACUUAAAAAGUUACAAGGGGCUAUUGGCUACAGAUCAAGUGCUAUGGAUUAGUUCUUUAACAAGAAAGAUGGUGAAGAAUAAUGUUAACCAUCCAAGUGCUUGGGCUUCAAAGUUUGCUGCUGCAAUGGUGCACAUGGGUUCAAUUGAUGUGCUCAAUGAGAAACAAGGUGAAAUUAGGAAGAACUGUAGGGUGGUGAAUUAGAAUAUCUUAUACCCUUUACAUGCUAUGUUUUUUUGUUUUGUUUUUUUGUUUGCGGUGUCGCCUUUUCAGUUUAGACUUUGUAACUUAAAUUGUGUGAUUUUUACAUUCUGUGUGAAUUGGUUUGGCCAGCUUUCGCCUACUUCAUUUUGGUAAAAGUGUUCUGUUUAUAUGAUGAGCAAUAAAAUGUUUAUGUUAAAAUUGUUGA